AAUAAACAAAUGUCAUCUGAGGAUGGGCUUGUUUAACAUAAAGAAAAUAAACCAUCUUCCUCUUGAUAACUUUUUAUACGUAAAGAAAUAGAAUGAAAUAAAAAAAAAGGAAUCUUAGUAAAACUUAAAAAUCAUCACACCACCGCCACUAUUACUACUACUACUACUACUACUACAACUACUACUAACUACCACUACUACUAACACCACUACUAACACCGCUACUAAAAAAAAAAUAUAAAUAUUAAACAACUUUUUCUUCUGCUUCUGUUUCUUCUUUUUCUUUACUUUUUGUUUAUUAUCAAUUAAAACUUAAAUCAUGGACUCUCAAUUUGCUGAAAUUGACGAAGAAGAUUAUAAUAACACUGUUGAUUCUUAUUCUGUAACUAUUAAUGGUUUUAUCUUUUGUACUCGUCAUGGUCUUGAGGUUUGUAGCAAGUGUCCAACAGACAAUCGUUCUGCAAACAAUAUGUUAGUGGAGGAUAUGCUUCAUGAAAAACUGACUGAAGAUGAAUAUAAUACAAAAUGGAAGGGUGAUGAUCGUGAACCUUUUAGCGUGGCUCAUAAAUGGACUCGUGUUGCUAAAGGUAAGCCUGGCUGUAUGGCUCAUAAAAAGGUAGCUUGCGAAGAAUGUUUCAAUUGGGGUGAACAACUUUAUCGAAGUAUUCAUGGUGGUCGUAAGCCAAGGGUUUCUCGUCUUCAGCGUAAGAGCAAGGAUCAUUCUACUGAUGACCGUUUAUCAUAAAAAAAAAAGAGAGACAGAAAUAUUAUGUAUAUAUGCACUUAUAUACAUUUAUAUAUAAUAUAUAUACACAUGCAUAUAUAUUAAAGAAAAAAAAACACAAGAACAAGUUACCCUUUUGUUUUCAUUU